AUGAACUCUGUUAGUCCUAUAAGGACAGAAGCUCAAGAACUAUUUACGUACUCGAUGAAACACGCAUUAAAGUACCAAUCAAGCAUUAGAAAUCUCACCACAUCUAUAACCAAAGUAAUAAAGGAUGAACCUGUUGUAUUAGCUCGUCUAGGAUUCGUUGUUAGUUGUAGUUUGGGAGGCUGGGUUCUUGGAUAUAAAAGCCGUUCUUUUCGCAAGUUGGUUUACGCAUCCAUAUGUGGUUCUGUUGCAACCGUUGUUUCCUUCCCUAGUGGCUCUGUAUCUAACGUUAAGCACGCCUUUGAUUUCGGGUCGAACAAGCUCUCUGAGGUCGCAAAAAGAUUCAGUCUUAAUAGUCGAGCAAGUCUAAAGCUUUCUUUUUCAAUACUCUUUAGCGAUAUUCAAACUAAUGGGUUGAAAUGUCAACCUAAUACAUUUUUGUACUUUCAUGCUAUUUUACAUUUUAGAACUAACAUCUUCGUUUUUCACAGUAAACCGAAAAAAUACAAUGAUCUUUAA